UCGAACGAACCCGACGACGGACUUCGGCGGUUUGGCAGGUGGGUGCAUGUUGAGCUUUCCGAAAUGAGCCGGGACCGCCAUCGGAAGCGCCGUGAAGAAGCGCGUAUAGACUUUCUAUACCGACGUGACGAAAGCCGGGCUCGGCGACGAGAAGCCGCCACGGCCACGAGGGCUAGUGCUUGCAAGCUUGAUAGAAUUGACUAUAGAAUAAUAACAUAUUAGAACCACACUGCAACUGCUGCACUUGUUUUUUGGUCUGUGCCAUAUUGAGUUGGGUGGAGCCUUCGAAAGUCUCUAAACUCGAGAUUCAUAUCCAUAUCCACCUAUAUCCUCUGUUCUGCCGUCUGAGGUUUGAGAUCUUUUUGGCUCUUGGGCUGCAGGGCACUCAGCGACGUGCUUCUUUUUGCUGCCGCAAUUCACAACAACCGAUGACACACCUGUUGAAAGGAGACGUCUGAGACCGUCUGUGGCUUUUUGUUACAAAUCAAUACAAAUCAGAUCCAGUCGAUGGAGCUUCGCACGGGCCUUUUUUUGAGUCGUCUCAACCCGGACCCGUGUGACUCCACAGCUGCCUGCAGCAACUUCGAAAGGCUUCUCGACAUUCGGCUCAGACGUCACAAAGACUGCACAGCUGAAGACUCCCCGGUCCAGUCUGACCCAGAUCCAGUCUUCCGGCCCUGAAGAACUGACAAUGACGUCAAUGAGGUCUUUGACCACUAUAGGGACUUGCUUCAGCCGCUGUGUGCGGAGCGAUGUACAUUCAGCCUGAAACAGCGUCCGAUCCCCUGAAACCGAUGAAAACAAGCUGCGGAAUCCCCGCGGGGGGUUUGGCCGAGAAGCAUGGCAAUGCGAAGACCUCUGAGGAGCUGAGGCUUUGCAAGAUUGGUGGUUGUUGUGGAGCCUCGACUCCAUCACUCCAGCGUGAGGAGAUCCUUGCAAGAAUGGCUGCUAUUCCGCAUUGGACCUUGGCUCCGGACGGUACCCGCAUCAGCCUUUGCCUCGUGGCGAAAAACUGGGGCGCAGCAAUGAAGUUCCUGAACCAGGUGGGGGAGCUGGCUGAAGCUGAAGGCCACCAUCCUGAUCUUCAUCUCACCUCCUAUCGCACCGUUCAGGUGGAUCUCUUUACGCACGCCAUCGGCGGCCUCUCGUUGCCAGACUUUGUGCUCGCUGCGAAGAUUGAUGCCAUUGAGCUACGGAGCUCUGUUUUGCGCUGUGAAGACCACAGCAUGAGAGAGAAGACCAAGCGCGCAGCAAGAUGGCUCAUUUCAGUGUUCGAGUUCGAAACACCUCACUUGGUGAUCUUCAAAGACUGGCGCCUGACAAUGCUUCAGAUGACCUUUACAUUUUCGGUGGCUGUGUAUGUGGUCGUGAAGUCCUUACUGCUGUGGAGCGUGAUCAACUAUGAGGAGAUCGCUGCGGGCUUUAAUAGCUGGUGCUUCACCUCAUGGCAAUCCACCCCAAGUGGCCCUGAUUCGCCACACUGCCAGAGCAACAGCAGCUUUGACCUGGCGCCCCUGAAUCCGAUGGAACUGGGUGGCUUGGAGGCCUUCAACCAUAGCUGUCCCAGCGUCACCGGGGCAGGGAUCAUGCGGCAAGUGGGUGCUGAAGCCCAGAUUACUGUUUGGAAGCAACGCCGCCGCACCAGCUCUGGUUGCUCCAGUGCCACAAGCUCCAGCGCGGUCGAUGUGAACGGACGGCCUUGCGUCGAGAGCUUCUUCAUGAACGGUGUUGAAGACUUGCCUCUCUUCCUCAUCCACACGGUCUCUGCCACCGGCAUUGGCAUCACUCGCUCUUUGCUUCCGUGCAAAAUUGUGAGCCCAGAUGGCGUGAUCUUGGACUAUGCCAAUCCUGGAGAGAACAACAAUGGAUGGGCCUUUACACUAAGGAAGUUAUUGCAGUAUGCUGGCAAUGUCUCUCUGGACAAUCUGAACCAGGGCAAUGUGGUGGAAGUGGCACCUGGCACAUUAAUUCGCUUGCGGCAUACUGGCUUCAUUCUGACCUUACGCUUUCGUUAUUGGAACUACAAGAGCUGGCCAGAAGAAUACUGGGAUUAUCAAUCCUUUCCCUGGGAGUGGAGACCCAGUGAACCUCAAUGUUCCCUGGAGGUGGAACUGCAACCACAAGCCUGGGGCUUCGUUGGUGCGGAUGAAGAGCCAGAAGGCUCUGUCUUGAGGAGCGUGGCGCGGAUCCAGUUCGUGGGCAGUGGGCAAUUCGGCGAGCUCUCCUGGCUUCUAGUAGUCACCUCCCUGAUCGAAGCCUUUGUUUUGAUGGGAAUUGCAAGCUCAGUGACGCUGCAUGUGGCCAGAUGCCUCUACGGAGACAUGUUCCGGCAGGUCACAGAGACCUCUUAUGAAAAGGUCACGACCCAGGCGGACGCUGCGGCCCAAACGCGAAGUUCUCGCAUGAUGGGGCGAAACCGGACGAGCGCCUUUCAGCAGACCAAGCCCAAUUCUGGAAGCCAGUUGGACUUGACGAAUGCUCCCUUGCAGGAGGUGACCAUCAGCAACGGCCUGAGUCGCCGAACUUUGCACCUCCUUUGGCAUUUGGCGAAAGUGCCUGAUGUGCCGAAGUUCGAUGGUGAAACGUUGUUGCAGAGCUACUUGGAAUGCCGUUUCUUGGGUCUGAGCAAUGUGGAAGCGUUGACCACACUCGGAGGCAGCUCUCCUUUACAGCUCAUCCAAGCAGCCGAGCUUUGGAGCGAAGGCGAUCCGGAGGUCUCUGAAGAUCGAGUUGACAUUGAAUCGGGAACAUUGGUUCUACCGGUAUUGGAAGAUGCGAUGGCUUUGCUUCCGCCCGAUGACCAAGCGCAUUUGGUGCUGACAGAGCUGAGCAAGCGCUGGCGAUUGGAAGAAUUCGGAUUCCUACCGGAGUGUUGGGGACCGUUCCAGUUCUGGUCGACCUUCGUCUUCCCAUCGGGCCGACCAGGUCGAUCGACCAUCGGUCCGAUCCGGAUCCGUUCGAGAUCCCGUAGGCCAGUGCUGCGAGAUGCGGUGAGUCUCACAGGAGGUGAUGAUGGCAAGGAUGCGGAGAAUGUCACAGCGAAGAACCGAGCCUUGGGAUCCGAGAUUCAUCUGCAGCCAGCUGGGCAACACCUGCACGCGUUUCAGAGCGAGGGAGGUGCAGAGCUGAGGAACGAGGAACGGGUUGGCACGACCGUCACCAACACCAGCUCUGUUAGAUAUGGCACCCACUUCUUGCUGCCCGAUGGACUCCUCGACCAGUGCAACGAUUUUCGCUCUGGAGCCAAGCAUUUGGGCGACGAGGUGGACUCCAUGUCGGGCGGAACGAACAACCGCGCUGUGUGCAGCCGGGAUGGCACGAUGCGUUUCCAGCAGCACAGGGACGGCUUCUUCUACUGGAGGCCAGGUCAUGAGACAUGGACUGCGCAGCAAGUGGCGCAGGAGCCUCGUGUGGGCGACCAACGAGCUCGCUUUGAAGUGACUUGUGCGGGGCCGGCCACGAUUCUGGCGCUCCAGGUCCAAGAAGCGCGAAAGUCCCGGAUCGGGCUCGCUCUCGAGGACACCCCGGGGCACCGGCCCCUGGACGCGUGCUUCGCGGAGCUUCGAAAGACCUCCAGCCUGGAUGUGGGUCACAGCUCUCAGCUCGGCCUUUCUUCAUGUGUACCCUGUGAUCAGCACGAUGAGGGCGGCGUCAGCGAGGAGAGGAAGGCUUCGUCCGAUGUCCGCGGGCCAGGUGGGCCGAACUGGGCCGAACUGGGCUUCCACAUCCACAGCGUUGCUUUCUUUCCAUACAAGCUGGGCAAGUCCUUGAUUUAUGAGGAUCUGCUGGCCUCCUUCACGAAUCUCCGGUCGCUGAUCGAGGGGCCUCGCCAUGGGCUAGAGGAUGCCGAGGAGAUUCCACGGAACAAGGAGCCCAAAGCUCGAGCGGAGCUCUUCCUGGCCGUUGGAUUUGGAUCCCUUGUGGAGGAAGAAGAGGAGCGCGGAAUCGCUCACAUCAUCGAACAUCUUGGGUUCUCGGCCACCAAAGCCUACGAGAACCAUGCCAUUGUGAAGUUCUUGGAAUCCAUUGGUGCACCCUUCGGUGCAUGCCAAAAUGCGUAUACCAGUUUUGACCGUACUGUGUACACGCUUCAUGUGCCAACUGACAAGGAAGGCUUGGUGGAAGAAUCGUUGAAAGUCCUGCGGGAGUUUGCGUACUUCACGCGAAUCUCAGAGGAAGAUCUCGACAAAGAGCGUAAAGUGGUCCUUGAGGAGUGGCGCGAAAGCCGCAAUGCGCAGGGCCGUCUCAGCGAGCGUUACAUCCAGGCGCUUUGUGGAGCUGGCUGUCGUUGGUGCGAGCGCUUACCCAUUGGGAAAGAAGAGGUCAUUCGUGGCGUCUCCGCAGAGACUCUUCGAAAGUUUUAUCAGAAGUUUUACCAUCCGGCACAGAUGGCGAUCAUCGCGGUCGGCGACUUUGACGAGGAGAUGGUCCAGCAGAAGAUCAAGGAACUCUUCGACCUCGCGCCCAGCGAGAUCGACCCGUUACCCCGGCAGAGCGAGGCGCCUGGACGACCCAGGUAUGCGGUGCCGGACUCUGAGGGUGUGCGUGUGGCGAGCAGCACUGAUCCUGAACUCAGCUUUGCACAAAGCAUGGUGGACUGCAAGCGCCCCCGUCUUCCGGCGAAGACGGUGCGAGAUGUGCGGCGUCGCAUGACAGAGGACCUGUUCCAUCGCGCCUUAAGCAGCCGACUGCUGCGCUUGACGCUGCAGGGGCCCUUGGAAGGUGGCGCAAGGGACUUCUUCUCGGCCGCCACGGAGUCCUCGGAUCCGCUCCCCGCGCUGAAUAACCUAUGUGCAAGCUUGGCACCGCUCCCGGGACGAGUGCGCCCAGCGCUUCGCAGCAUGCUCAGGGAAUUGGAACGGCUCCGGCGCUUCGGCUUCCACCGUGCCGAAGUGCGCCGGGCGCAGCGCGCCAUGCUGGCCGAAUUCGAGGAGGACUACAUUGAGCGGGAGCAACGGCCCUCUGAGAGCUUUGCAGAGGAAUUCACAUCACUCUUCUUGGACGAGGACUGUGCUCCAGGUGUUGUCGAACGUGCACGCUUAGCGGCGCACUUAUUGCCAGGCAUCAGCCCUGAUGAGGUCUCCAGCGUGGCGAAGCUCUACGAUUUCACCAAGAACGUGGUGGUGAAAAUCGCCACUCCGCUGAUGUCGGUCCGAAGUCCAGCUUACACCUGUUGGAGCGUCAUGCAGGCCUGUAGACAAAUGAGCUUGCCAAGACCAUCCCUGGAUUUGCCAGGGGAGGAGGAGGUGGCACAGAUCAUGAAGAGUGUGACUUCCGAGCAGAUGGAGGCAUGGCCUCCUGAUGCGGAUGAUCCGGAAGAACGUCUUCGAAACCUCUUCGAGGGCUGCGCGGAGGAACUGCUCCCUCCCAGUCGCACCGGAACCUCCCGCGGUCGAGAGGUGCGUGCAGAAGGUGUUCCAAAGCCAUCACGGAAGGAGGAAGGCUCCAUGGAGGUUAGCGAAGAAGCCUUCGGCGAGGAAGUGAUCCUCCAGAAUGGACUUCGAAUCUUCCUCAAGGAGACGGACCUCUUCGACGAUGAGAUCCUGCUGAGGGGUCGACGUUGGGGCGGCCUUUCAGAAUUCCAGGAGAACGGUAUGUUUAGUGGAGGCAUCAGCUGCGAAGCCCAAGUGAACCAGAUGUGCGCCAUGAUGUUGGGCAUCUGUGGUUUGCCCGCCGAGUCGCUGCAGGAGUGCUUGGAGGGGAAGCGAGUGGAUCCCAACCCUCCAAGCAUGGAGGCCUACACCACAUCGAUGGAUGCAUCUUCCUCGCCUGCUGAUUUCGAGGUUCUUUUGAUGCUGGUGGCACUGCUCUUCGUGCGACCUGUGCCCAGUUCAGCCAGUGCAGGAAGGCUGAGCUUAGUGAAGUUGGGUCUCCUCGCGUGGCGUUUGGCCGAGGAUCGAGACCCUCAGAGUCAGUUUCGACGCCGUGUGCUGAGUGCUGUGAGCAGCAACCAUCCGUAUACUUGGUUGCCGAGUCUUUGGAGAAUUUUGCGAUUGAACUUCAAAACGGCUGCACAGAUCUUCAACGAGCGGGCCAGCCAACCACGUGAGUGGACCUUUGUUUUGACGGGCAAAUUGCCCAAGAAGGAGAAGCUAAUGACACUGCUGGAGACCUAUCUGGGCUCAAUCCCCAAUCGGGAUGGUUCGAACGAGAGAUGCGACGAUCUGACCAUGCGAGAAUCAGUGAAGUCACUGGAGAUUCAUUUUCCAACGAAGUCCGUCCAGGAAGACGUCCACCUUCGGAUGGUCGAACCCAAGGGGAGCACGGUGCUCUGCUUCCCGCUGCAGAUGUCCUCCAGUUCGUGUGCGGAUUCGCUCGAAAAAAUGCGCAGAAGAGCUGCUGGAGCUGAUGCAACUGCAGCUUUUGGUACGGCUGCUGGAGACACGCCUGGUCGAAGUGCUGCGUUUUCAGAGGGGCCAGGUCUACUCCGUGGCCGUCGGCAGUGA